AUGAGCCAAGAACACCCCGAACAGGGCUCUUCGUCCAAGCGACGGGUCUACCCCCAGCAACAGUAUGACUUCGCCGCGGCCCAGCCCGCCGGCUACUCGAUGCCCGACCCCACCCAGCCCUACGGAGCCUCCGCCUCUCCCAGUGCUGCCAUGUACGGUGGAGCUCAUGCCAUUCCCUCGCCCGCAGCUUUCCAGCCCCACACCGCCAACGUGCAGUCUGGCGCGUUCGCUCCUCCCCCCGGGACUCCCGGAUCGGCCGUGGAUCCUCCCGUGGCCCCCGGUGUGGCUGGAGGAAUGGCCUACGGCGCCCCCCAGGCCGCUGGAGCCGCGUACGGCUACCAGGGUCUUACCAACCAGAUGGGCAACCUCAACAUUGGCGGCGGCGGCGCCUACCAAGGAGGUGCUCCACCCGGAGCGGCUGGCGGAGCUCACAUGGCUGCCCCGACCCAGCUCAACCAGAUCUACAACACCGAUCUGCUGCAGAACUUCCCCCCUCCCAUUUCCGAUCUCACCCUGCCUCCCCCUCCCGUGAUCUUGCCCCCCGGAUCCUCGGUGACUGGCAACCCCGAUCCCAACGCUGACUCGGAGUUCAUGCGAUGCACCCUCAACACCGUGCCUACAUCGUCGUCGCUGCUCAAAAAGUCCAAGUUGCCGUUUGCAUUGGUCAUCCGACCCUACACUGCGCUGCGAGAUGCCGACGAGAAUGUCCCCACCGUGGCCGACACCACCAUUGCUCGAUGCCGACGAUGUCGGUCCUACAUCAACCCCUAUGUUGUCUUUUUGGAGGGUGGCGCUCGAUGGCGGUGCAACAUGUGCAACCUGACCAACGAUGUGCCCUCUGGCUUUGACUAUGAUGCCGUGGCCAACAAGCCCCGAGACCGAUGGUCCCGAGCGGAGCUCAACCACUCUGUCGUUGAGUUCGUGGCUCCCGCAGAGUACAUGGUGCGACCUCCUCAGCCUCUGGUCUACGUGUUCGUUCUGGAUGUGUCUGUGCACUCUGUCAAGAACGGUCUGCUGGCCACCGCUGCGCGAACCAUCAAGGAGUCGCUAUCACGAAUCCCCAACGUGGAUAACCGAACCCGAGUCGGUUUCCUCGCAGUCGACUCGUCGCUGCACUACUUCGCCAUUCCCCGAAAGGAGGACGUGGCGGAGGGCGAGGGCGAAGAGGGAGAGGAGAACGAGUGGCCCGAGCCCCGGAUGAUGGUUGUCUCCGACAUUGACGACCCCUUCCUCCCCAUGCCUACCGACCUGCUGGUUAAUCUCUCCCAGUGCAAGGGCGGCAUUGAAAAGCUGCUGGAUUCUCUGCAGUCCAUGUUUGCUCACACAGUCAACCCCGCCUCGGCUCUGGGAUCUGCUGUCGUGGCUGCUCACAAGCUCAUUGCCAACAUUGGCGGUAAGAUUGUGUGUCUGACCUCUACCCUCCCCAACGUUGGACAGGGCAAGCUCGAGGUUCGAGAUGACAAGAAGGCUCUGGGUACCUCGCGAGAGGGCCAGAUGCUCCAGACAGCCUCCACCUUCUACAAAUCGUUUGCCGUGGAGUGCUCCAAGACUCAGGUGACCGUGGACAUGUUCCUGUUCUCCUCUCACUACCAGGACGUUGCAUCUCUCUCCAACCUGCCCCGAUUCUCCGCCGGUCAGACUUACUUCUACCCUGGCUGGAUUGCCUCAAACCCUGAGGACGCCAACAAAUUUGCUCUGGAGUUCUCCGAGUACCUGUCUCAGGAGUUGGCUACCGAGGCCGUUCUGCGAGUGCGAUCUUGCGACGGUAUUCGAAUGAGCGCCUUCUACGGCAACUUCUUCUCCCGAUCUUCGGAUCUGUGCUCUUUCUCCACUUUCCCUCGAGAUCAGAGCUACGUGAUUGAGGUCAAUAUUGAGGAGACGAUUGUCAAGCCCUGGGUGACUUUCCAGGCCGCUAUUCUGCACAGCACUGCCUCUGGCGAGCGACGCAUCCGAGUCAUCACCCGGGCCUUCCCCACCUCGGCUCUGCUGCAGGACAUUUACGCGUCUGCUGACCAGAUCGCUAUCACCACUUACCUUGCCAACAAGGCAGUGGAGAAGGCUCUGCAAAAGGGUCCUCAGGACGCACGGGAUUUGCUCAUGAACCGACUCAACGAGAUGUUCACCUGCUACAAGAAGGAUUUGAUGACCACCAACGUCGGCGCCUCCGCCCCCCUGCAGUUCUGCACCAACCUGCGAAUGCUGCCUCUGCUGGUGAACGCUCUGAUCAAGCACAUUGGUUUCCGAAAGACCUCGCAGAUCCCCUCGGAUCUGCGGUCUGCGGCCCUGUGUCUCCUGUCGACCCUGCCCGACAAGUACCUGAUCCAGUACAUUUAUCCCAACUUUUACAACCUCAUCUUCAUGCCCGAUGAAGCUGGUCUGCCUGACGCCGAGACCGGCCAGAUUGUCAUGCCUCCCUGCACAAACCUCAGUGGCGAGCAUCUGAUCAGCCAUGGUCUGUUCCUCAUUGACGACGGCCAGGUCAUGUUCCUGUGGGUAGGCCGGGAUGCACAGCCUGCACUGUUGCAGGACGUGUUUGGCGUGUCUUCCAUCACCGAGGUGCCCACAGGCAAGACAGAACUGCCCGUGCUGGACAACCAGUUCAACGAGCGAAUCCGAAACAUCAUUUCCAAGGCUCGAGAAAAGACAGAUGCCAUCACCUACCAGCAUCUGUACGUGGUGCGGGAGGACGGCGAGCCUGCUCUGCGACUGUGGGCCACCACCCAUCUGGUCGAGGACCGAGUGGAGCAGAGCGGCGUCACUUACCAUCAGUUCCUCACCUCCAUUCGGGAGAAGCUGAACUCUUAG